GAACAACAUUCCACCAUGCUUCGCGAGCGUUGAUAGCUUUGCUUUCCUGUGUCUGCCAUUUUGACACGCUCGCCCUUCAACAUGUCUUUACUAAAUUCGGUACUCGGCUCGAUAUCGCCCUCACGAUUCCGCGAUUCUUUCGAGGACCCUCGCGCCCCGGACCACGAGCUGCCUCUGUACCGAUCCCCUUCCUCGUCACGAUCGCCUUCACAAGCUCCGCGCAUACCUCCUUCCAUAACCGCCACAGUCCUGUGGAGCGUCCCAUCCACACACUUUAAGCCUGCAGCUCGCGUUCCCGAUGACCUUCUUGCGCUCCAACGAAGAGCGCGGCACCUCGAGCAGCAGCUCCAAGACUUGCUCGACGCGCAGGCCGAUGGCUUGAUGAGCGGGUUAGCAGGGAAAGACUCCAAUAUACCCGACGAUCUUGUGUCGAAUGGUAGCACCACACCCACCGUGAGCAGCGUGCGCAGCUCGAGCCGCAGCGGCGAUAGCGACGAGACUUCACACAGUCUCCCCCGGAAGAAGAAAGUCGGGCUCACUGCAGCGCGCAAGGGUAUCUACAAGCGCAUACAACAGCUCGCGAGCGUCAAAGCCGAAGAGUUGAACUUUCUGGACCAAGACCUGCACGACUUAGACGGCAUCAUAGGGCAGACAGAUACGUGGUCGAAGAAGCGCGCACGGCUGGAACAGAAGAUCCGCGACAUAGAGCAAGGCCAAAGCAGCGCCGCGCGAACCCAAGCGUUACACACCGAAGCCUCGAAUCUAGAGCGGGAGAUCAGGCAGAAAGAGAACGAGUUGGCAGCACUGAAAGCCCGGCACAGGAGCGUGCUGUCCGAGCUCGAGAGCGGCGAGAACGCCGUCGAGGCGAAGCUUUCAUCGUACAAAGCCUCCCUCGCGAUCCUCGACAAGAACGUUGCGAGUUUCCUCGCCCGGCCCCCAGACACAAGCCACGUCUCGCUCUCCCCGUCGUCGUAUCUGUCUCUCCCACCACGCCGCCGCACGCUUGACAUGGCACACGAGUACUGGACCGAAGAGCACACGCGACUCUUCGACAAGUGCGAGGAAGUCGACAUCGAGCGCGCCGCGCUAGACGAAGGCGCCAUCCUCUGGAACGAUGUCGUCAAGCGGAUCACGUCGUUCGAGACUGCACUGGAGGAUAUGAUGCAACCCUCUUCGCGCGCUCCUGCGCCUUCGAAGAUGAUAGCAAAAAUGGAUGCCACGAUCAAGUAUCUCGAAGAGAAAGUCGACUUUGUCAAAAGCCGCGACUGGAACCUGCUCUUCCUCGCCAUCGGGGCAGAGCUCGAGGCUUUCAAGCAGGGGAAGGACAUGCUGGAAAAUGCGUUCGACGUGAAGGGCAGGAAGGGCAAAGAGCGGGCGGUGGAGAGUCUUGUGGACACAGAUGCGGAUGCCGAUGGGACGUUUACAAGUCGUGCGGACGGAGAAGACGAGAUAUCGCGCUCCGCUAUCCGCAUACCAAAAAGUCCCCCCAGGCCAGCUGCGUCGCCGCCGAAGCCGCAGCCCAGCUUCUUCGACACAGACAAUGAGGAUCCCGAUCCCGAAUUGAUGAUUAGUCAACAGGAUACUGACACCGACUGAAGGUGUGGAGAAAUGAAUUAUCAUUAUCAGACAAUUGGGAGUAGAUAGUGACGUGAUAGAAACACU